GGCAGCAGUGGGCUCCGGCCGUGACGUGGAGCCGUGACGCAGGUUCAUCCGCCACCGCUGGCCGAGCCCACUGACUGAAAACACCACCCAGAAACGGAGCCAUUCCUCACGACUUGCGGAAAUAUGUAGUUAGCUCACACGGUUCGACAUAUUUUAAAAGCAAGGGGUUUGGCGGAGUUGAUCAGUUGCAUGGAAAGCUACCAUGGGUGGUCAUGAUGAUGAUGAAGAUAUGACAUACGUUGUGAACAAACAAAAGCAAGAAGAGGAGCUAAAAAACAAGCUGAAUGAUGGCAACCACUGGUGCGACCAGGAGUCCACUGGCAACAAUGCCAAGUGGGUGAAGGAAGGCCGGAACCAGCUGCGGAAAGUUGCCGAGAACCAACAGGAUCAAGACCAUAACUGCAACAUCAACCAGAAUGGGAACAAGGAAGACUUCCCUCACCCCAACAUCACCCAGGAAGAGCAACAGGGAAACGAGGAGCAGACAAAGUCUCCCAAAACCGCAAUGACCCCUGGCCUCAGUCAGGAGGAGUCCAAGAACAUCCUUAAUGAGCCCCUGCUCAUCGACACUCUGGAGUCAACAGAGGAGAAAGAAAAAGAGAGAGAGGAGGAUGAUAAAGAGAAGGAAAGUAAAUUGGAGGAGGAUGAGGAGACAUCCAGUGGCACGAGUGGAGACAAGGUGUCCGACCAGAGCAGUGCGGAGUCUCAGAGAGAGGGGAACGUGGCGGGCAGGAAUGCUUGUCUCCUCUUCUCCAACAUGAACGGGACACCGAGCGAUGAAGAGUCCAGCUGGCCGGCGCUGUCCCAGGACAACACCGCCGACAGCUCUCCCAACGGAAAUCGAGAGUCUUUCUGGGACUCCAGUGCUUUUGAGACAGACACCGACCUGCCCUCCGGGUGGAUGAGAGUGCGGGACACAUCUGGCACUUACUACUGGCAUAUUCCCACCGGCACCACCCAGUGGGAGCCUCCUUCGCCCCAUGGUAAAGUUGGCGACUCUGUAAUGUCCUCCACGAUGUCCCUGGAGACCACACCCUGCGAGGAGACAGAGGAAUCUUGGGCUCAGCUUUCCAGCACGGAUGAAGGCGCCGGUGAGGGAGAACUGUGGAAGGAGGAGGGAGAGGUCGUGUCUGAUCAAAGUCUGAAGGAGUUUGAAGGAGCAACUUUACGCUAUGCAUCCAUCAACCUGAACUACAAUUGCUCCCAGUCAGAAGAAGAAGAGAAACUUGCUCCACUCUGCACUGAUUUAGAAACAAAGUGUUUCGCCGUGCGUUCUCUGGGCUGGGUGGAGAUGUCAGAGGAGGACAUGGCGCCCGGAAAGAGCAGCGUCGCCGUCAACAACUGCAUCCGGCAGCUCUCCUACCACAAACACAACCUGGAUGACACUGCUGGGAUCUGGGGAGAGGGAAAAGACAUGCUGAUGGUUUUGGAGAACGACACCAUGAAGCUGAUCGACCCUCUGGGUCAGACUCUGCUGCACGCUCAGCCAAUCGGCAGCAUUCGCGUGUGGGGCGUUGGCAGAGACAACGGCAGGGAUUUUGCCUAUGUGGCCCGAGACAACCUGACCCAGGUUCUGAAGUGUCACGUUUUCCGAUGCGACUCCCCCGCUAAGAACAUCGCCACCAGCCUGCAUGAGAUGUGUUCAAAGAUAAUGAUGGAGAGAAAGGCAACGAGGCCAGGAGUGAGCCGACUCAACUCUGACCCCAGCCGGCCUCUGGCCAUCCCUGUUGAAGAGUUUCCUGUUCCAAAGAAUGAACUCUUCCAGCGCUUCCAUGUUUAUUACCUUGGCUGUGAGCCUGUGGCCAGGCCAGUCGGAAUGGAUAUAAUCAAUGACGCAUUUGAGGCAGCAAUGAAUGGCAGGGACAAAACUGACUGGACACCCGUCUCUGUGAAUGUUGCACCAGCCACGCUCACCAUACUCUCCAAGCAGGAUGACGAGGUGCUGUCGGAGUGCCGGGUGCGCUUCCUGUCUUUCAUGGGUGUGGGAAAGGACGUCCACACCUUUGCUUUCAUCAUGGCGGAAGGUCCCCGGGAGUUCACCUGCCACAUGUUCUGGUGCGAGCCCAACGCGGCCAGCCUGAGUGAGGCUGUGCAGGCCGCCUGCAUGCUCCGCUACCAGAAGUGUUUGGACGCGCGCCCCCCCAGCCUGGCCUCCUGCCUGCCCACCCCGCCCGCCGACUCCGUGGCUCGGCGAGUUAAGAAGGGGGUGCAGAGUCUGCUGGGCAGCUUCAAGAGCUACAGGUCAGGCUCUCAGUCCCCGUGAGCUGGAGCGAGGGCGUCCACUGAAGGCCCGGCCGUCACAGCUGCCCCCCCGCUCCCCCCCCCCCCCCGCUCACAUCUACACCUGCUCUGUCAUUAUCCUGCCACUGAUUCGCCUUACUGCUCUUUCUUUUGCUUACUCACUAGCCGGGUGCGUGGAGUAGUUGGUGUGUCAGAUAAUAUUGAAUUCCUUUUUUUGCUUUUACUUUAUGCCAGAACUUCAACGAACUUUUAUCUCCAAACAAAAGAACCCUCAACAUGAAAUUAUCCUUUUUAUUCUUUAAAAAAAAACAAAAAACUAACCGGGUUCUUUGUUUACCGUUUUGGGGUCUUAACUGAAACCUGGAUAUGAAUGUUAGAUGUGGAUGUAUAUUUAACGUGCCGACACAUGAAUCUGCUAUAAAAACACAAACGCUCUCAGUGCAGGUUUCAUCUCUCACCCCCCCCCUCUUUUUUCUACUGUCUGAGGACCGCGCUGUCACGCAGCCAUCAGCUGGUGUCAGCCGUCCCUUUGUCGUAAGCAUCACCGAACCUCUGUCCCCCCCGCGGGGCGGAGCCAAGGCACCGCGGGCCCCCCCGCCACGUGCGCCGCAGCUCCGCCCCAAACAAUGUCAUUUAGUCUUCCAAAGAGUCGUACGGUCACGUCCUGAGCAGCCACUGAUUCGAGUGUAGUGCGUCCUCGUUCAUUCUGCAUGAACAUUUGCAAGUUCAGUGCUCGUGUGCAAUAACCAGAUGUGUCGGUAUGAUGUGGUGAUGAGACGGCUGCCAUGCGAUCACGUGUUCUCUUUAAUAAGCGAGUCCGAACAGACCGGGUAUGAGGCCAACGGAACAACAUAGCCAUCUUGAAACGAAUUAUUUUAUGUUAAAAAUAAGAGUAAUGAAAACCCAAACUCUGUUUUUUUUUUUUACUUUUUUUUUUAGCACAGCCGUUAACCACCAACAACUGCUGAAUAGUACUGUAGAAACUCACCACAAGCUGCAUGUUUUGAUAGCUUAGAGUUAUUGCUGCCUGCAGCAGUUUAGUGCUUGAGAGCCAUCAAUGUAUCCUGUAAAUUCUCUGUGUCUCUGUAUGGAAAGAGGAGGCUGCAACUGGUGUAAUGUUUUGUGUUAAAUAGGCAUGUCACUCUAGUUAGUGUCAGUGUUUAUCAUAAGCUAGAAGUAGAGAGCUAGACUUCCUGUCACUUCAGACCCAAAAGAUGAGAGCAGGUCAGUGUCUGUAUUCACAGUCUGUGGAAAUGAGAAACAUAAGAGAUGAUUUUUCCAGUGGUUUAUAUUUUCUAUUUUUUUCCUCGUCUGUUUUGACAUGUGUGGGCCUCUCCAGUUAAUGCUUUUUUUUUAUUGUUUCCGCACACUGCAAUGUACACAAAUCAGACAAUUAUCACAUUAACGGAGUAGAUUUAGUUUUUAUAAAGAAGACACUAAUAGCCAAUUGGUAUUUUAUCUUUGUCUGUUGUUAGCGAUCAAUACUGUAUGUAGCAGAGUAGAAAUGAUCAUCUCCAAUAUUAAAGAUGCAGUUUAUAAGACGUUUUGGCCAUUUUAAUCCCUAAAGAGCAUUUAUGUCACCAUAUAAGGUCGGAGUAGGCCAGCAUAACUGAACUAAAAGUUUACAAUUUUAAAUAGCAAACAAAGACAAUGCACAAAGGGGUCAUAUCUAAAGUCAUAUGUAGGAUUUUCAUUUUUAAACACGGUGGAGCGUAGCUGUCCACAUGGGACAUUUAAUCAUUUCAGCUGUGUUGCAUUUAACACAAGCAGCAGGUUUGUCAAUUGUGUAAAAAAACAAAAACAAAAGUUUUGCAGUUUAAUUAUUUUUAGUGAUCAGAAAGUAAAAGGUGCCAAAAAAUGUUAUUUACCUUUUAAAACAGACACAUAUACGUUUAAUUAAGUGUGUGAAUGUUGCUUGAAACAGAUUUCCAAAAUAUAAAAUCGGAUUUUCUCUAAUAUUCUAAGCCAUGGCUCCAAAACUCUUACAACUGCCUCUGUCUAUGUAAGAUAUAAGACUAAAAAUGAAACUACAUUGACUCAUAUUACUGCCUUGUCACUCAUGUGUCACUUGGAGUUCUUGUGCUUUUUCUCCUUCUGCGUCCAGUCGGUGGCAGCACUAAAGCCAGAUGAGUUCAAGAACACUAGCAGAUUAAUUUAUUUCUGUUCAUGUAAAUUAGGUGUAUAAAAAUGUAUGUAUAUAAAAGUCACUGCACAAUAAAUGUGAACAUAUCAUAA